AUGAAGGUUUGUAUGACCUGCGACCGCGGGCAGGAGGAGUACGUUCUGUCCUAUGAACCCGUCGUUCAGCAGGAAGUAAACUACACCCGUCCCGUCAUCAUCCUCGGCCCCAUGAAGGAUCGAAUCAACGACGACCUGAUCUCCGAGUUCCCCGACAAGUUUGGAUCCUGCGUCCCCCAUACGACCCGGCCGAAGCGGGACUACGAGGUGGACGGCAGAGAUUAUCACUUCGUGGUGUCCAGAGAGCAGAUGGAGAAGGACAUCCAGGACCACCGGUUCAUCGAGGCGGGACAGUACAACAACCACCUGUACGGAACCAGCGUCCAGUCGGUCCGAGAGGUUGCAGAGAAGGGUAAACACUGUAUCCUGGACGUGUCGGGGAACGCCAUCAAGAGACUCCAGCUGGCUCAGCUUCACCCCAUCGCCAUCUUCAUCAAACCCAAAUCUGUGGAGAACAUCAUGGAGAUGAACAAGCGUCUGACGGAGGAGCAGGGCAGGAAAACCUUCGACAGAGCCACCAAGCUGGAGCAGGAGUUCACCGAGCAUUUCACAGCCAUCGUUCAGGGCGACACUCUGGAGGAGAUCUACGAUCAGGUGAAGCAGAUCAUCGAGGAGCAGUCGGGUCCGUUCAUCUGGGUUCAGUCCAAGGAGAAGUUAUGAGGAUCAAAACUCUGUCUGCUCCAUCGCUCCUCUCUUUAGAUUCAGUUUGUUUUAUUUUGAAAAGAAAAGUCGACCUGCAGACGGCAGCCUCACCCUUCCUCACCCCUCCUCACCCCCAACCCCCCCGCCACCCCCUACGACCCGACACUGACGGUGUUUUAUUUUGUAUUUCUGCCUGAAUAAGACUCCAUUAUUGGGUUUCCUGACCAGCACAGUAAAGCACACAGGAAGUAUGACGACAUCACACUGAACGCGGUACAGCUCCUUAAUGUUUAAGGGAGGAGAACUAAAGAGGAAGAGGAGGAGGAGGAGGAGGAGACGUGUCCACGAAAGUGGCGAGAAGAAACGUACGAAGCAGAUUUUAUCUCUUUUGUUUGUUUUUUUUGUGGGUUUUUUUCCCUUUUGUUUGUCUCGUAAGGUAAACGUCGGUGGACGGACGGAGUUUCAGUCUCAGGCAGCGUCUGUCGGUCCGGAGGAAGGCGGAGACACAAAAAGCAAAACUUUGCACGUUUGAGCUUUAACAGCAUGUCAUUUAAUACCCCGUUUAUUUCCCAUCAGCCCCUUCACCUGAGCGUCUGACGUCACAGCUUCUUCUUCUGUUCUGCGCUCAUUUCUUUUUCUUUUCACUCGAUUCAGUUUCUUGUUUGUUUGUUUGUUUGCUCCUCGCCGCUGCAGACGUCUGUCGGGACGCCGCUGCAGGGUUCCCGCUCUGCCACCGGGGGGCGCCGCUGCAGGGUUCCCGCUCUGCCACCGGGGGCGCCGCGGAGCUUCUGCUGCGUGUUUCUAACAGCAAACGUCUCAAAAGAUUAAAUCUGAUUAAUUUGACUUGUUUUCUUCUUCAAACUGACGAAUAAUAAUCGUUUGUUGCUCAAUGUUUUCAUUUAGCUUUACGAGGUCAAAGGUCACAGCAUUGAUUAUUCUACUGCUAAUUAUAUCUUUAUCUUCUUGAGUCUCAUUAAAGGAGCUAAAGUUCAUUUUCUUUUAUUCAAAAUUCACAAUUAAAAGAAGAUGAUUUUAUAUUUAUGAAUAAACUUGUAAUUAAGUGAAAAUGUUCUUAUAAUUACAAGGACAUUUAAUUAUGAGAUUAUUUAUCAGUAACAAGAAAACUGCACUAUAAUCAAUAUUCUCUUAAUUAUCUCAUAAUUAAGAGAAAACAUCGACGUUUGAUCUAAUCAGGAGAAACUAACUGAGAAAACUCAUUAAGAGAUUUAAUUACAAGAAAAUUCUCUCAUGAUUCUUUUUUGUCAUAAUUACAAGAAAACAUAAUUAAGAGAAAAUGACGAAUUAGAUAAUUUAAUUAAAUAACAGUUAUGAAUAAAAUAAUGAAUAAAUAUAAACACAAUUUCAACUCAUUUAUAAUUAAGAGAAACCUUGAUAGUUAAAGUUAAGAACUUUAAUUUCUCAUAAUUUUCUCAUAAUUUUCAUUAAAACAAAAUUAUUUUAAUGAUCUUAUAAUUAAAUAAAUAACAUAACAAUAACAAAUAUAAAUGACAGAUUACAAGAAAACUCAUCUACAAUUAAGAAAUAAAAGUUCUUUAUCUGGUAAUAGAAGAGAAUAAUUGUAAUUAUGAGGUUGUUUUCUUCUUUAUCUCCAGUUUGUUUGUUUGUUUGUUGACCUGAUGAGACCUUCCACUGAUUUUAAACUUUAAAUCACCGUCGCACAUUUCAUUCUGGGUUUUUAUUUUAAUCAUCGUUGUGUUUGAGCGGCGAGUUCGAACCCCGUCAGACGUCCGUCAGCGUCGUCAGUGGAACCGCGAACAGAGACGAUUAUUGUACAAUGAGAUUCUGACAGAUAUUUAACCCUCGGUAAACUGCCUAUUUUGUUAUAAUAAAGUCUAUAUUGAACUUUACUUAAGCACUACUACUACGGGAGUUAUUUUCUUCGCAUUGUUAAUCAUAUAUGAAUAGAAAAGUAUAAAGAUAUUUGAAUAUGAAUAUAUAUUUUUUCUUUUUCUUUUGAUCACCACCUCCUCUGUCUUUUAAUUUUCUU